GAGGGGCCAGAAGCAGUACCGCAUCGGACCUGGGCGCACCUGAGACUGAGGGAGACUGGGAGCCUGAGCGAGCCUCCAUCCCAACUACAGCGCCCAGGCCACCCUCCUUGGAGCCCAGCAACCCCGCCAGCAGGAAGAUGCGCUGUGCCCCAAGUACAGGAGCUGCGCUGGUGCUCUGUGCCGCCACCGCCGGGCUGCUGGGCGCAGCCGCUGCCAGCCGCGGCGAGGGCCGCCCCGGGGCUCCGGAGCUCCGAGUGCCCCGCGCCGGGCCCGACGCCAAGUAUGCCUCGUGGGACGAGGUGAACGUGAUAGCACACGGGCUCCUGCAGCUUGGACAUGGGCUUCGGGAGCACGUGGAGCGGACGCGGGACCAGGUAAGCGACAUCUACCGCCGUCUCCAGGCCCGGGACCCAGCUUGCGAAGACCCUCUUCGCCGCGCGCGGCACAGUCCGGAGGGCACCCAGCUGGAGAGCCCAGACGAGAGUCGCGUGGACUUGGCCUCCGAAGGUACAGAGAGUCACUUGGAGCCGAAAAAGGAAACUCAGCAGAAGACGGAGCUCCAGCAGUUGGAAAGGAAUGACGGCCAGGGGGUAGAGACCAGCAUUAGGGGCGCCGCCUGGAGAGCUGUGCACAGCCUGCAGACCCAGCUCCUGGCUCAGAACAACAGAAUUGAGGAAUUGUUUCAGAAAGUGGCCCAGCAACAGCAGCACCUGGAAAAGCAGAACUUGAAGAUUCAGACGUUGCAGAGCAAGCUCCGAGGCCUGACUCCUUUAGCGCUGGGGCAGGUACCACUAAAGUCUUUGGUCAAGAAGAAUACGGCAAAGAUGGCCCGACACAUUCGCCCAGUCCCCAACAGCAGCGACAAGCCUAAGCUGCCCCAGGAUUGUCAUCAACUCUUUCUGGGUGGAGAACGCCAGAGUGGACUCUUCCACAUUCAGCCCCAAGGUUCUUCACCUUUCCUUGUGAAUUGCAAGAUGACCUCAGAGGGUGGUUGGACAGUGAUCCAGAGACGCCUGAAUGGUUCAGUGGAUUUUCACCAGCCCUGGGAGGCCUACAAGUCAGGCUUUGGAGAUCCUAAUGGGGAAUUUUGGCUGGGUCUGGAGAAAGUACAUCAUAUUACUGGAGACCGAGGGAGUCGUCUUGCCGUACAGCUACUAGAUUGGGAAGGCAAUGCUCAAUCAGUCCAGAUCCCCUUCCAUUUGGGAGGAGAGGACACAGCGUACAGCCUGAAGCUCACAGGCCCAGUUGCUGGGGAGCUAGGUCCAGCCACAGAGGAUGGACUAUCUUUACCCUUCUCUACUUGGGACCGAGAUCAUGACCUCAGGACAGACAUGAACUGUGCCAAGAAUCUCUCUGGGGGCUGGUGGUUUAGUACCUGCGGCCAUUCCAAUCUCAAUGGAAAGUAUUUUCACUCCCUCCCCCGGCAAAGGCACCAGAGGAAACAGGGCAUCUUCUGGAAGACUUGGCGGGGACGCUACUACCCUCUACAGGCCACCACCAUGCUAAUCCAGCCCACAGAAGCUGCCACCUCCUAGUCUCAUUCUGAGAGCUCUGCAGGGCUAACAGAAAGGAGCCAGAGCCCAGUGGGCCAAAGACUCAACAUAAAUGCAAAAAGAGAACUCUCUUGUCCAACCCUUUCCCAACAUACAGUCAUGGUGGCACUUAACAGACUCCCUGGACAUAUACUUGGGUCAGGGUCAGUACUGCUAAAGGUGCUUCGCUGAGAGAGGAAUAAGAGAGGAUCUAGACCCAGCCUUGGAACUAGCCCUUCCCUCUUGAAGAGACAGUUUACUCCUUUCUUCCCCUUCUUUAAUCUAUUACCCUCUUAAGGGUAAACAUAUGGUACCAAUGGUGCUAGUGGGCGAGGGCUUUUCCUCAGCACAAAUACCCUGUUACACUGAGAACUUUUAUGCACAAUUGAAAGGGAGGGGCUGGGUUGCCUGACCCUGGGGACUAGUAGGAAGCCCAAAUUUUGGGCUCAUGGCUGACUUCUUAAUAAGGAGUCUUGCCCAGCUGUCUUCAGUCAUAUUGACUGGACUGAAAUAAUGGGACCAAGAACUGAGUGAUCUAGUUUGGUGACCUCAGUGUGUCUCUAAUUCAAAGCCCAGCCUUGGGGCCUACUGAGGGGUCAGGGUAAUUUGUAAAUAACUGCCUUGUAAAAAGAUUUAGUAUCUGUUGGGUUGUGGGGGUCUGGCUGGGAUUACCAGGCCUCCUCAGGAAUGUUUGUAAUAAAAGGAUUGAAAGAAUCUUUGAA